AUGCAUAUUAAAGAGGUCGUAAUCAAUGGUUUUCGGAGUUACAAGGAUAAUACAGUUGUUGAUGGUUUUUCACCCCAACAUAAUGUUGUUGUAGGUCGAAAUGGUAGUGGUAAAUCGAACUUUUUCUUGGGUGAGAUAUUUACAUUAAAAUUAACUUGAAAAAUAUAAAAUAAUUUCAGCAAUUCAAUUCGUUUUAUCUGAUGAGUUCAGUCAUUUGCGUGAAGAGCAAAGAUUAGGAAUGUUGCACGAAAGUACAGGACCUAAACAAACUCUUGCUCGUGUUGAAAUCGUAUUCGAUAAUUCGGAUCGUCGUAUUAUGGCGAUUGAUGGAACAGAAGUUCGAGUUGUUAGACAAGUUGGUAAAAAGAAAGAUCAAUAUACAAUUGAUUCGAAAAUUGUGGCAAGAGCUGAAGUUGUAAAUCUCAUGGAAUCCGCUGGUUUUUCUCGCUCAAAUCCAUAUUAUAUUGUGAAACAAGGUAAAAUCAAUGAAUUGGCAACUUCGCCAGAUCAUCAUCGAUUGAAAUUGUUGAGAGAAGUUGCUGGAACUCGUGUUUAUGACGAGAGAAAAGAGGAAAGUUUGAAGAUUUUGAAGGAAACUCGCACAAAAACUGAGAAAAUCGAAGGACUUUUGAAGUAUAUUGAAGAACGAUUGAAAACUUUGGAAAAUGAAAAAGAGGAUUUGAAAGAGUAUCAGAAAUGGGAUAAAACGAAGAGAAGUAUUGAAUAUGCGAUGUAUGAAAAUACAGUGAAUGAUGCGAAAAAGGAGUUGUCGAAAUUGAAUGAUCAACGAGAUGAAUUGACAAAUCGAAAUCAUAUGGUUACCAGCGAAUUAGCACAAGUUCAAAGUCAACAAUCAAGAACAGCAGCUGAGAAAAGAAAAUUAGAUUCGCAAUUCAAAGGAAUGAAAGAGGAAAAGGAAAUAUUAGUAUCAGAAGAGACUGAAUUGGUGGCCAAACAAGCACAGCUCAAUUUGAAGAUUCGAGAUUUAACAGAAGAGACAAACAGGUUAGAAUUUUGUAUUUUAAAUACAAUUGAAGGGUUAUAUAAUUUUCAGAGAACGCCAAGGAAAAAGUACAGCCGAAUCAACAUUGAAUACACUUCGCGCUGAAAUCAUCGAAAAACAAAACGAACUCGAAACAAUCAAUCCAGAAUAUGAAAAACUUGUUGAAGAAGAAUCUAGAAUUAUCACAGAUGUUCGAAUCAAUGAGACAAGAAUGCGUGAAAUUCUUGCGAAACAAGGACAAAGAUCGCAAUUCUCUUCACAAGACGAUCGCGAUAAAUUUCUGACUAAAGAAGUUAAAAGACUCCGAAAUUUGACAGCAGAUACAGAUGAUCAAGUGAAAAGUAUUGAAAAAGAAAUCAAGGAUACUGAAAUUGAAGAUGAACGAUUGAAUUCGGAAAUUCAAGCAUUGGGUAGACAAAUUGAGGAAAAUAGAUCAGAAUUGGAUAGUAAAAGUCAAAGAUCAACUGGUUUGAAACAAGAAUAUGAUAAAGCUAUCAACGAGCAAAUGUUAGUUACUAAUUAAUUAAUCUCUUAUUAAAUGUGAUAUUUCAGGGCUGCAAAUCGAGAAGAGAAACAAAUUCGUGAUCAAAUGAGUUCGAUGGAAACUGAAAUAACUGCUUGUAAUGAUAACAUGAGAAGAUUGACUUCGAGGGUAAGAUUAUGGCAAAUUUUGUGUUAAUUGAUCCGUCCUAAUUUUCAGCCAAUUUACAACGGAUUAAUUGGAAUUCGCAAAGUUCUCGAUUAUUUCCGAGAAAAUAAUCGAAACGGUGAACACGAUGACGUCAUUGAAGGAUAUUAUGGUACUGUUAUGGAUCUAACAUGGGUUGAAUCCGCUUUCAUCACCGCCGUCGAAGUCAUCGCCCAAACUCGUUUAUUCUAUCAUGUUGUUGGAACAGAUCGAGUUGCAACUAAGAUUUUGCGAAAAUUCAAUGAAAUGCAAUGUGCUGGUGAAAUCAAUUUCUUCCCAUUGAAUCGUGUUCAAGCACCAAAAGAGAGAUAUUUGGCAAGUAGUGCAGAUUGUCGACCACUUUGUGAAGUUGUUGAUUAUGAUGUCAAAUAUGAUAAAGUUAUUAAAAGUAUUUUUGCGAAUGUUGCGUUGGUUAGAAGAUUGGAUGUGAGUUUUUUUUUAUCUCUGGGUAUUUUCUGUGGUUUUGGUAGUCGAGAAACCAAAUUAGAAAUCUUCAUUUUCAGGAAACUGCUAAAAAUAUUCGAAAAGAAGGAUUUGAUUGUGUUACUCUUGACGGAGAUCAACUUUCUCGACGCGGAGCACUUACUGGUGGAUUUAUUGAUACAAAAAGAAAUAAACUUGAAAUUCACAAUCAGAAAAGAACAAUGGAAGAAGAAUUGGAAAAACUCAAACAAACUUUCAACGCAAUUGAGAAGAAGGUUCGAGAAAAAACACAAAAUAUGGAGCAAAUUCGAGCAAAGAUGUCACAAACUGAAGAAGAGAUUCGAGAAUAUCGUAAUCUUCAUUCACAAUUGACUGAUCGACGAAGAGCAUUGAAUGAACAAUUUACAUUAUUGGCGAGGAAUAAAGAACCAAAGGUAUACAAUUUUGAAAUUUUGAUAGAAAAAUUAUCUAACUUUCAAUGAAACCGAAUCGAACCAUUUUUUUUUUGAAAAAAAAUUUGUCGAAAAAAUACGUUUCAAAAAUGUUGCAUUGUUUUGUUGAAUUUAUCAAUCUCAUUUUAUUGAGAAUACAGAUAUUAAAAAGGUACUUAGAAAAUUAAUCAAAUUAUUCCAAGUUUAUUCGCUUCUUUUCUUCCAGAAAAAUCAAUUGGUUCAAUUAAAAAAUCGUCGACGUGAAUUGAUUGCUCAACGAGAAGGAUAUGAAGAGGAAAUUGGAACUGCAAUGCAAUCUCAAUUAUCAACUAAUGAUCAAACUACGGUCGAUACAUUGAGAGUUAGUUUGGAAUUUUGUGGGCAUGUUGGUUGAAAAAUGAAAAUUCCAGAAAACUUCUGAUUAUUUUCUAAAAUUCAUAAAGUUCGAAAUAUAAAAAAAAGUUGAGAAAACACUUUUUUCCAAAAUGAGAGAAAAUUAUAAAAUUGGCGCAGUCAUCUGAAAAAUCACCCAAAUGUUUUUUUUUAGAAAAGUGUCAGUCAAUUACGCGCAGAAUUGGAAGGUGUUGCCAAACAAAGAAGUGAUUUAGAACAUCGAAAACGAACAUUGGAAAAUCAUUUGAAAACGAAUUUGUUGAAAAAACAAGAAAAUCUGUCGGCAAAAAUAGACGAUAUUUCGGAAAAUGAAAGAAGACAUCGAUUGCAAUCACAUCAAGCUGAAUUGACAUCUUUGUUAAAUCGAUUAGUUGAAUUGAGAGGACAAAUGGCAAAAUUAGAAGAAAGUUUGCAAGAAUAUGAAGAAAAAUCAGAGAAUUUGAACAGAAAUAUUGAUGAUGUUCAAGAACAACAAAAAGAUUUGGAAACUCAACUCGCUGAAUUUGCAAAACAAUCUGAUACAAUUUGUACAAAACAAGCAGCAUUGCAGACGAAAAGAGAAGAGAGUUUGAAGAAAUUGAGACAACUUGGAGCGUUGCCAACUGAAGCAUUUUCGAAAUAUCAAAAUAUGAAGCAUAAAGAAUUGGAGAAAAAAUUGGGAAAUUGUGUGAAUGAAUUGAAAAAAUAUGAAAAUGUUAACAAAAAAGCGUUGGAUCAAUAUUUGACUGCAUCGACACAGAAAGAUGAGUUGGCAAAACGAAUGGAGGAACAAUUGAAAUCGGAAUCGGUAAUUUUGAAAUUUUUAAUUGAAAUUGAUUGGAAAAAGCUUGUGAAGGAAAAUUUCCGGAUUUAUCACAGAAAAUCCCAAUCUCACUAUAAAUUAGCCAUGAAUUUUUUCUUGAGUUUCGAAACAAUUUAUAGCCUGAAUUUCUCAAAUUUUCGGGGAAAAAUGUUCACAAAAAUGAUUUCUAUUAGAAAUCCUUCUAAUCAAAAAAUUAAAAAUGUUUACUUCACAAAGCUGUAAAACCCAUCUUCUCUCUCAAAUUCCACAUUUUUUUCAGUCGAUCGAAGAAUUGUUGAAAGUUUUGGAAGCCCGCAAAUAUGAGGCGAUUCAGAUGACAUUCAAACAAGUCUCCAAAAAUUUCAAAGAUGUUUUCAAGAAAUUGGUUCCUGGAGGACAAGGAAAACUUGUGAUGCAGAUUCGAGAUCCGGCAAAUGAUUCGCAAUCGCAAGAAAUUGAACAAGGAAGUAUGAAUGUUGUUGAAACUUAUACUGGAAUUGCGAUAUUGGUGAGUUUUUUGGUAUGAGAUUUGGGAAAAAUUGCAAUUCUUUCAAUAUUCCAGGUUUCAUUCGUUUCUGAUGCUGGAGAUGCUGAAACUCGAGAAAUGCAACAAUUAUCUGGAGGACAAAAAUCACUUGUUGCAUUGGCUCUUAUUUUUGCGAUUCAGGUAGAUCUAACUUCUUUUUUUUCCUAAAAAUUCAUAAUGUUUUCUUGAAGAUGUGUGAUCCUGCUCCAUUUUACUUAUUCGAUGAAAUUGACGCAGCUCUUGAUGCACAACACAGAAAAGCAGUGGCUGGUGAGUUUUUAUAUCAAAUUUAAUGUUCAUUAAAAUUAUUAUAAUUUUCAGACAUGAUUCACGAACUCUCUGAAAAUGCCCAAUUCAUUACCACAACCUUCCGACCCGAAUUAUUAGCCUCAGCCGAAAAAUUCUUCGGAGUUCGUUUCCGCAACAAAGUGUCGCAUAUUGAUGUCGUCACUCGUGAACAAGCUCACGAUUUUGUUGAAGAUGAUCAAACUCAUGGCUGA